UCCCACGUCAGGUUCUGCUGCAUUCACAGGUUUGAUGGCAGAGUUGUAAUUGCAGACCCUGUCUUGCUCUCCUGCGGAUCAUCCAAGGACAGAGCAGCUGCUUCCAGCUUUAAUACCUUACGCACACGUUUCCCUCAAACACCCUUUUGUCCCUCCGAGCUGAACUCCCGCAUACACAGCGAGCAAGUUUACCCACAAUAUCUGUCGCACGGAUGGUUGUGCGGAUUGUACCCUUUCAUAGUGGUCUCAUUGUCCCCGCACUGCAUUCUGGGGCUCCGUGUGACACCUGCCGCCCAGUUCAGGUAAACGGGAGGCGGUGAAUGCCUGCCGCAUCCGAGCCACUCAGGUCGGAUUUCUGCGCUUUUUUCAAAGGAAGCGACAGCGGGGGUUUCCUCUCUCUCCAUCGCUUCUAUGCCUGAGGUAUUGUUGCAUAUCGCCUCUCCGGAGCUAAACGGGACAGUGCUAUGUGGACUCACCCCAAAAGCAAAACUUGCGAGGUGUACUGCGUCUCCGGGCAUGGACACUCAGGCUGCUCCGCUGCACAGGGAGAGGGGGAGUUAAAGGAGCCCACUCGGUCACUGAGCCCCCCCACAAAGCCUGAGGACCAGCCGGAGGAGAGAGUGGAGGGGGUGAGAGCUCCAGCCUGUGGCUCCUGGAGGAGAUGGAUGUUGGGUCUUCUGCCUUUCUUUCCCUUCACUGCUGCCAUUGCACUAACUCUCCACUACUUAACAUCUCCGCCUUGCUCAGUGUUCUUCCUCGGAGGCAGCGUGGAGUUCCCAAACCUGAGCUUCUCCUCAGAGCUGACUGACUCCACCUCCCCUCAGUUCCGCCUGCAGGCUCAGGCUUUGAACCAUUAUUUCUCAGAGCUCUAUGAGUCCUCCCCGUGGAGCUCUUACUACCUGCGCUCAGGAAUUACUGCCUUCAGUGAAGGAACAGAAGGGCUCAAUGUCUUCUACUGGAGUAAAUUCUCUGCCCCAGACAAUGUUGCCAUAGAAAUGCAGAGGUCCAGCCCAGAGAGGCUGCAGCGACGACUCCCCGGCAGCAACAAGGUGCAGCGGGACAGCCGCAACGAGCAGCGCUACUUUAUGGAGCAAGAUGACGACACGCUCCACCUACUGGGAUUGGACCCAGAUGACUUUGAAGCAGACGAGAAAUCAGACAAAAUUAAAAAUCCAAAUAAUGUCCAGAGCGGGAAAUGGCAGCUUGGCUUCCAAGCCAUGUCUUUUGACCUCUACGCCAAAUAUGGGAACAACCGUACGCUGAGCCUCGUGAGUCCCAAGAAGCCAUACUACCAGUGGCGUCUUCGUGUGCCAUCGGGUCACGUGGUUCGACUGGUCGUCCUCACCCUUCAUGGCGCCACACCGGGAAGCUGCACCGCCCACAAGCUCUCCGCCUAUGACUUCUUACUGCCUUUACAGAACAAGAUAAUUGCCAGGUGGUGUGGGCUGCCUCUGUCAGGCUCCUCUCCAGUCAUGAAGCUGACAUCUUCUGGCAACGUGAUGCUGGUCACCUUCUCUUUCAGCAGACAGAGGGAUGGAGCAAUCUUCAAAGCUUACUUCCAGGCCAUCCCAAAAGCAGGUUGUGGAGGGUCAAUUUCCUCCUGGAACGGCACUAUUUCUUCACCCUACUACCCGUCUUAUUAUCCUCCUAACAUAGACUGCACUUGGACGCUACGGGUGCCAUUGCCAGGAUACCUGAUCUCCAUGACGAUCGUGACGAUCGACAUUCAGGAUUCCUCAUCAUCGGACGGCUGCGAGAAAGACUGGCUGGACGUUGGAGGGUUGAAACUGUGUAAUCCGGUGUCAGACAGCAGCAAAAAGCGAGUCUACUCGUCUCCUCUCUCCCUCCACUUCCACUCUGAUGAAUCUCUCACUCACAAAGGCUUCUACUUGUUAUACCGAGCCUUUUCUCCAGAGGGCACUUGCCCUCGGCAGUUUCGUUGUGGAGACGGUCGCUGUAUCCCUCUGAGGAAGGUGUGUGAUGGAGUAAAGGACUGCUCGGAUGGACGAGACGAAGCCAAAUGCUCCUCCUGCAGGCCGGGUGAAGUGCUGUGUGGGAACGGUCAGUGCAAACCUCAGAGCAGCCAGUGUUUCAGUCAGAACAUCUGUCCAGACAGCAGCGAAGAGGGAACCUGUGGAGGUAAAUGCUACCACGUUUGCCCUAACAAGGUGUGUUUGCCGAAGUCUUCAGUGUGUGAUGGAGUCAUUGACUGCAAAGACCGCAGUGACGAACUCAACUGCACCAGAGCAUAUCUCAAAGGCUGCUCCUCAUCCUCGUAUAAAUGUGCCAAUGGAAAGUGUGUAAGUAAAGUGAACCCUGAGUGUGACGGAGUUAAAGACUGCUAUGAUGGCUCCGAUGAGCUGCGCUGUGGCUGUGGCACCAGGCCCAGGAAGCGGACUAAGAUCGUGGGAGGGUCUGACGCCGUGGCGGGGUCGUGGCCCUGGCAGGUCAGCCUGCAGAUGGAUCGCUACGGCCACGUCUGCGGAGCCACACUGGUCUCCAACCGCUGGCUCAUCUCCGCAGCCCACUGUUUCCAGGACUCAGACGCCAUCAAAUACUCGGACGCUCGUGCGUGGCGGGCGUACAUGGGGAUGCGUGUGAUGACCACGGGGACCAACGGAGCCGCCACCAGACUGAUCCGUCGCAUCCUCCUCCACCCGCAGUACGACCAGUUCACCUCAGACUACGACAUCGCCCUCCUCGAGAUGAGCGCGCCCGUUUUCUUCAAUGACCUUGUGCAGCCCGUGUGCGUCCCUGCGUCCUCACACGCUUUCACCACAGGGACGAGCUGCUACGUCACAGGCUGGGGGGUUCUCAUGGAGGACGGUGAACUGGCGACUCGCUUGCAAGAGGCCUCAGUGAAGAUCAUAAACAGAAACGCCUGCAACAAGCUCUAUGACGACGCCGUCACUCCCAGGAUGCUGUGUGCCGGGAACCUGCAGGGAGGUGUGGACGCCUGCCAGGGUGACUCAGGAGGUCCGUUGGUGUGUCUGGAGCGCGGCCGGCGGUGGUUCCUGGCCGGGAUCGUGAGCUGGGGUGAAGGCUGUGCCAGGCAGAACCGCCCCGGCGUCUACACACAGGUGGUCAAGUUCACUGACUGGAUCCAUCAGCAGACCAAAGGACAGGUGUGAUUCAACAUCACACUCACAUGAACAAAGUGACUUGACACACAGGACGAAGCUUUGAGGUCUGACGUGUGUCUUCAGAUUGUUGUCUUGACUUCAUGACAACGUGUACGUUGAGUUUUUUGGGAAUGAAUCCAAGACAACGGGCCAGCGGGGGCAACAUGGCAGCUCCAAACCAUCCAGCUUCCUUACAAUCUGCAAACAGCGGCUGUGUUGAAAUAAACACAAAAAAAAUCACUUAAUUAUUAAAUUAACUUGACUAAAGUUUCUCCAAAUAAAUAUUAGGAUUCGGUUGAAAUGCAAAAUUACAAAAGACACUGUUGCAUAAAGACACAGUUACUGUUUGGGUCUUGAUGUCUGCACACAUGUAGACUGAACUGUGAGUUACUAGCAGAAAUGUGUUGGAUACAAUAAGCUGAAACAUACUUAGCAAUUACUGUUUUAUGUCUGUAUAAAGAGUAAGAAAAUGGAAAGCCAGGUUGUUACAAAUACCACCAAUAUAUUGGUACACAAAGAUUUGACUGAUCGCCAACCUAUUUGUAUUUCCUCUUUGUUUUAGUUUUCCCUUUAUAUUUGGUGAAACUUGCUUAUAGCAGGAAUUGUCACAGGUGAAUCUGAUCUUCAUUCAGUUACAAAAAGCGACUCCUGGACACCGUCUAACUUGCAAACAUAAAUUUAUUAAAGCAGCAUUUUGGUACUAGACCUGGCAAAUAGUCUUCUUAUAGCAAAAAAGGCAAAUAACCCUCCGAACCUCAAAACCAUUGGAACCAUUGUGGUUCCAAUGGGAAAUAACAAAAUAUACCACUAAAAUCCCUUUAUUCUGCUCUCAUUAAAAAUGUGUCAAAAAUACAUCAUUUUCACUAAAGAGAUGCUGUAAAAAUUAAAAUAAUUCUGCACUCCUCGGUGCAGCUGUGAGGCCAUCAGUGACUUGGCUACAACUAACAGUCCUGUGACAAAAAUUCAGGGACUUUUCAGCUGAACUGCAGGCUACGUUUCUACAGGAGAGGGAGAAGACAAAUUAAAAAUGUUAAUGUAGUUAUACUAUGUAGAGACAACUUUUUUCAAGUAUCUGUACCACCUGUGUGCACUCAGACAAUGUUGUACAUGUUGAUUCCAGAUUUUCAGUUUUUAUAAAUAUAAGUGAAGCACUUGAACUUUUUUAAAGGAUUUAUGGCAUUUCUAACUUUCUUAUAAUGCACAAAAGACAUUUUUGAGGUCGUUCUACUUCUAGCUAUGGUUGUGCUGUUUCCAUAGAGGUGCUAGACUUUGUAUUGCAGGAAAAAGCGAGUAAGAAUGGCAAGAAAUGCCCAGAAAGUGCUUGGGGUUCAGAGGGUUAAACUGGUCUGCUUUCAGGAAGGAAAAAAAAGCAAAGAGACUUGUCACGUAUUUGGUCUUUCAGCUCCUGUUGUGUUCUGUCAGAAUCGAUCUAGAUUGCUUUCUGCCGUAACAAAUCUUGGCACUUAUACAAACAAUAACAGGUCAUGCAUGGAUACAGAGCAGGGAUGUGGUGCAGUCAGUUCCCUUCUUUAUGAAAAUAUCCCAGGUGUUCAUGUUCAAAAUAAAAUCAUGACUAAAGCCAUCAGGUGGGGCUUCUACUGCAACCACACAUGUAAGCUGUAGUAUCCCCAAACAGACUUUAAUGCUAAGGCCAGUAGCAGCUUUAAAUUACGGACUUCGGGCUUCAGAACAGAUCUGAUGUGGACCAUUUGCCAGAUUAUCUCGUGCAUGUAAAUGUAGCCAAUUACUUCCCGUUUUCGCUAAUGUUUCUGCUCCCAUUGUUCAGUGCAGAGAUAAACCGCAUGUGGUGCUGCUUGCCAACACAGAUUCAAUCGGUCUUUUUAUUGAAUGUGGAAAGAGUUCUCUCCCAGAAAAAGUACAUGUUCUCGCCCUCGUCUACAUCCGUCUGUGUACUGUAUACUCAAGUGUGUUGAUAACUCGCUUCAUGAGUUCAAGAGUUGUUUCUGUACUGUAUGUGCAUUUGUAUAUCAUGUUUAUCCGAGUCAUAGCCUUAUGCUCAAUAUAUUCUGGAACUGUAGAGAGGUGAACAGUCCCUCGAUAGGAGGUGCUUUUCAGUUUUACUGUGAUUUAAUUUAUCUUUAUGGUGCCUGCUUUGUGCUUAAUGUUCCAUGAAAAUGGUGAAGCCACAGUGUAGUUGAUGCCGGUGUGGGAGGAAAAUAAUCAGAUACUUAGGAGAGACUAUUGCCAAUCUUUUCCAAGUGCACACUUGGGCUUUUUUUUUAACUCUUCUUCCCUUCUCAUUCAGCUCACAUCACCGCCCAGUGGCCAGUGUGUCCCAUCACCUCUUUUAUUGUAUCUCCUGAAGGAAUGAUCACUUCCUUGCACCUUACACCCAAAGAAUUAAGAACACUGCAGUUUGCAUCGUUGUUAAAUAAUGUCAGAUUAUUUGCCUUUAUAUUAAAGACACCAUUAUCAGA